CAUCGGUCAUAUAAAUCGAGCGAUGUCAGUUAGGUUAAAAUCCCUUCUUUCAAUGUGAAGCAUUUUCUGAUUUCUCUCAAGCGCCGCCGUCGAAGGAUUUUUACCUCGUUGAAUCAAAAUGGUUCUCCCGAACGAUGUCGAUUUGCUGCAUCCUCCACUAGAGUUGGAGAAGAAGAAGCACAAGCUCAAGCGUCUCGUUCAGUCUCCCAAUUCUUUCUUCAUGGAUGUGAAAUGUCAGGGUUGCUUCAACAUAACCACUGUUUUUAGCCACUCUCAGACUGUUGUGGUCUGCGGUAACUGCCAGACGGUGUUAUGUCAGCCCACUGGUGGCCGUGCCCGGCUCACUGAGGGAUGCUCUUUCAGGAGAAAAGGGGACUGAGACUGCUGGUCGAAUAUUACAUUGUCUCAGUGAAAAGUGGGUUCCAACGAAUUUUUGAGUUUUUAGUAUUUCAGUUACUUUAUGCGUCUCGUCUCGUCUCGUCUCAACUUAGGAAGUGCGAUCGGGGAAGGGGGUGUUCUUAUUCACAUUUUUGUUUCUCUGUGCCAGGUGCUACUUAUCCCAUGCCAUGAAUUGUCAAGUCAUUUGAUGCUUUUUUUGCUACUAGUUCUUUUUAAACAUACUGUUUCGAAGUACCUAUUAUAAUUUAAUGGUUUUUUAAUACUGAGCAACUUAUUAGAUUGGAAAUA